AUGGAGGCUGCACACAAGAAGUUAUUAGCUGAAUGGAAUAAGGAGCCAAAGAUUCUGACUGCAGUUGGUAGUGCACUAAAGCAAGUUAAGGGAAUGAUGGAGAAUCCAGAGGCACUUAAAGGCUUAAGCAAUGCUGCGUUACAUACUAUACAUCGAGAUGUGUACGAAAUUGAUGCCCUUUAUGCUGUGCUACAAUCUGAUCUCAAAGCCUUUCGUGAAGCGAUCAGUGUUGUGAUGAAUUUUUACGAUUGUUACAAAUCAAACGAAGAGUCACCAAAUAAGUUCCUAAUGAUUGGUUUGAACCUGAUGUAUUUCUUGACAACCAAUCAACAUGCACAGUUCCAUAUGUUGUUGGAACAGAUCGAGCAAAAUGUUCAGCAGAACAAUCCAUACAUUACAACACCAGUAAAAUUGGAACAAUCACUUAUGGAAGGUGUUUAUAAUAAAGUUGUUCUUACGGAGAAAAACAUUCCUAGUCCAUAUUAUGCUCUUUUUAUUCGUAUAUCUAUGGAUACAGUACGAGAUGAGAUAGCUUCAUGUAUCGAAUGCUCCUUUAAAAAAGUUUCGCAAAAAGACGCUGCGCAGUUGCUUCUUUUCAACAAUGUCAGUGAAGUCAUUCCCUUUGCGAAAAAGCGCUCCUGGAAAAGUUCGGGCAAUACAUAUAUUUUCGAACAGGGAAUAUCUGGGCCGGCUCCAAAAGAACAAUUGGAUACGAAGAGGAUCGCGAAACAAACAAUAUUUUAUGCAAAGCAACUUGAAAUGAUUGUGUAA